CUCAGCGCCAAUGCCCAAGACGUCAUUGCGUCAAACAGAAGAAAAUUUCAACAUGGAUGACUUCGUAGCUGUAGAAAAGAGCCCUGAAGAAAUGCCGUCAGUCCUGAGCUCCAGACCUCAGACCGGUCUGUCCUUUUUGGCACCAGAACCAGAAGACCUGGAGGACCUUUAUACCAGAUACAAGAAGCUACAGCAGGAGCUGGAGUUCCUGGAGGUCCAGGAAGAGUACAUCAAAGAUGAACAGAAGAACCUGAAGAAGGAGUUCCUGCAUGCUCAGGAAGAGGUGAAGAGGAUACAGAGCAUCCCUCUUGUCAUUGGCCAGUUCCUGGAGGCCGUGGACCAGAACACAGCUAUUGUUGGCUCCACUACAGGGUCCAACUACUACGUACGCAUCCUGAGCACGAUUGACCGAGAGCUGCUGAAGCCCAACGCCUCGGUGGCUCUUCACAAACACAGCAACGCUCUGGUGGACGUCCUUCCUCCUGAGGCCGACAGCAGCAUCAUGAUGCUGACCUCAGACCAGAAGCCUGAUGUGAUGUACGCCGACAUCGGUGGGAUGGACAUUCAGAAGCAGGAAGUCAGAGAGGCGGUGGAGCUGCCCCUCACACACUUUGAGCUCUACAAGCAGAUUGGCAUCGACCCGCCUAGGGGCGUGCUGAUGUACGGACCUCCAGGCUGUGGGAAAACCAUGUUGGCCAAAGCUGUGGCACAUCACACCACAGCGGCGUUCAUCCGAGUGGUGGGCUCAGAGUUCGUCCAAAAGUACCUCGGUGAAGGUCCUCGUAUGGUGCGGGACGUCUUCCGGCUGGCCAAGGAGAACGCUCCUGCCAUCAUCUUCAUCGAUGAGAUCGACGCUAUCGCCACUAAGCGUUUCGAUGCUCAGACUGGAGCUGACAGAGAAGUGCAGAGAAUUUUACUGGAGUUGCUGAACCAGAUGGAUGGCUUUGAUCAGAACGUCAAUGUGAAGGUGAUCAUGGCCACCAAUCGAGCCGACACUCUGGACCCUGCCCUGCUCCGUCCCGGCCGUCUGGACAGGAAGAUUGAGUUCCCGCUGCCUGACCGCAGACAGAAGCGUCUCAUUUUCUCCACCAUCACCAGCAAGAUGAACCUCUCUGAGGAGGUGGACCUGGAGGACUAUGUCGCCCGACCAGACAAGAUCUCUGGAGCCGACAUCAACUCCAUCUGCCAGGAGGCUGGCAUGUUAGCGGUGCGUGAGAAUAGAUACAUCGUCCUCGCCAAAGACUUUGAAAAAGCCUACAAGACCGUCAUCAAGAAGGACGAGCAGGAGCAUGAGUUCUACAAGUAGAGAGAAACCAGCCACACGUUACAUCUCUGAUUGAUUUCCGUCUAUCUGCAGUGUGUCUUUGUGGAUCUAUGACCUGCAUUGAUUUUUGGACUAAAUUUACUCUCUGCAGCAGCUGAAGUCAGGUUAUCCUCAGUCUCAAUGUGACUUUCCACCACAAUAGAGAAUUAUUUGAUACCAGCGCUCUGCUGGUUCUUAUUAACAUCUGGCCCUGACUGUAGCUAGAAACAUUUAUAUCUGUAUGUUCUCAUUUCACUGAUCCAUCAAAAAGAUCCAUUAAACGUGUUUUCCACAAAAUAAACAGUUGUGAUUGUUUUUA